CAACCUUUGGACCUUGAGAAAGUUGCUCUGUGGGAGCUGCAGGUUUUUACUCUGAUUACACGGCACCUGUUUGAAGGGACUUUGUCUGUGCUUCAUCAUCAUCAUCAUCAUCAUGUCGGACCUGCAGGGAUUUCACAUCACAUCUCCUCUCACUGAGAGCAUUAACAUGUCGAAACGCAUCGGAUCACAGGUUUAUUUGAAGAUGGAAAGCGUGCAACCUUCCGGUUCGUUUAAAAUCAGAGGGAUCGGACACCUGAUUCAACAGCUUGCAGGUUCAGAUUCAAACGGUGUGGUCUGUUCUUCAGGAGGAAAUGCAGGCUUGGCUACAGCGUACGCAGCACGCAAGCUCAACAUCCCGGCCACCAUCAUAGUGCCUUCGUCUUCGCCCAAGCUAGUGUUGGAGAAACUGCAGGAUCACGGGGCCAAUGUCCGGGUCAAGGGUAAGGUGUGGGAUGAAGCAAACGCCGAGGCUCUUCGUCUGGCUGAAAGUGAAAACCUCACCUUGGUGCCACCAUUUGAUCAUCCUCUGAUCUGGAAAGGUCAUUCCAGUCUGGUCCACGAGCUGAAGGCGGCUCUGCCAUGUGAGCCGGGCGCCGUGGUUCUGUCCGUCGGAGGUGGUGGACUUUUCUGCGGAGUCGUUCAGGGCCUGGAUGAAGUCGGCUGGGGUCACGUCCCGAUCCUCUGUAUGGAGACCGUGGGAGCGGAUUGUCUUAACGCAGCCGUGAAAGCCGGACAUUUAGUCACUUUACCAGACAUUACGAGUGAGGCCAAAUGUCUAGGAGCAAAGACGGCGUGCAGACAAGCGUUCGAAUACAGCAAGAGACCCAACGUCAUCUCCGAGUUAGUGACUGAUCGACAGGCUCUACAGGCAGUGGAGCUCUUUCUCGAUGAAGAGCGUGUGUUAGUGGAGUUAGCAUGCGCAGCGUCGCUAGCUGCCGUGUACAGCAGCGUGAUACAACGGCUGCAGGAUGAAGGACGCCUGCGCAGACCGCUAGGCCCGCUGGUCGUAAUCGUGUGCGGAGGAAGCAGCGUUAACCUCGCUCACCUGCAGCACCUGCGCAACGUCUGCAAAUAAACACACGAGGGCCUGGAGAACACGUAGUGCCGUCAAUCAUACACGUCCAUACUGCACUUCAUUAAUAAAUAACCUCACACUACGGUAACACAGUCACACACUACAUAUAGGACUACAUUUCCCAUGAUGCUAUAGAGUCUCAGAUAUCACUCUAAUUAUAUUCUCUGAUCCUAAAAGUUUUCAUUAGGAAAUGUUUAAAUGGAACAUUAUGUUAAAGAGAAAACUGCUAGGCAACUGGGAAAAUUGAGCUAAAAUGACUAAGUGGUUUAGCUAGCAAACAAAUCAUUGUUGUGUGUGAUGUUAUAAAGACACUGUGGCCUUGAAACAAGACAAAAUGAUCAAGAAUAACGCUAAUUAACUCAUAUGUGUUGGUUAAUUAGUAAGAAUCAAUGCCACAUGGCUAUAAAUCACACUUUAAUUACAAUUAGCAUCAAUUGCUAAGCAAACUUACCAGGAGUUCUGACAUAUUGCUUUAUGUAAUUGAUAAAAUGUUUGUUAAACUGGACAGUGAUGCUGGAAACAAGACAAAAAACUAGCAAGAAUAUCAACUCGGAUGUGCUGGUUAAUUCUUCACAACUCUAACUCUAUAACUUUAAUUUUAAUUCUUCAACACGGUCAGCAGGUGGCGCUGGUGCUGUUCUUAUAGUUUUUGUCCUUCAGUAAUGAUUAUUUUCAGCGUUAUGAUGUUAUGGACUGAAUAAAACAAAUCAUUUAAAUACUAAAUAAAGAAGGAACACAUCCAGUUUUAUUAAUGUAAUUAAUGACACAAUAAAAUGC